UCGUAUUGCACCAGCAAAUUUCCACCUGAUUUUAAUCUUAAAACAAAAAGGCCCCUUUUUCAUCAAUUGUUUCUUCUGGAACCCUAAAACACUAUUAAAUCCCCAAUUUACAUUAAAAAAACAGAGAAAAAAUCACUUGUAGUUCCAUUCCACUUUUCAAUUCAUUAUAGUUUUUAGUCCAAAGGAAAUACCUUUUUUAUAUUCGUUUUUCCUUCAUUUUUUCGUCGAUCAUUGUUUCAGAAUUCGUUUUCUCUUUGAUUCUUUUUUCUUUGGAAAGCAAUUAAAAAAAAUCGUAUCACGUUUCUUUCACUUCGUAUGAUUAUAUACAGAAAUGGAGCCAAGCUUGCUUCAAUGGGAAUCCGACACUUUAUUCUCAGCAGCCGAAGUUGUUCAAGAAUCAGCUGACAGGAUGGAAUCGAUUUUUCGACUUCUUUUGCACGAAAAAGUCCUUGUUCAAAGUGAUCAUCCUGACCCGAAGCUGCUUGCUUUGAUUGGCUAUCAUAAGCGCGAUCUUGCUACCAUACUCGAAACAGCAAAAUGGCAGUUGGAAGAUUUUGAACUAGCAGUUAACUCAUCAGCUAAGAUGGACCAGUCUCCCUUUAAGGAGCAUGUCAUUUCCAGACAUAAACAGUUUAUUAUAGCCAUUAGAGAACAGAUAAAUAAUGUUGAGAAAAGCUUGAAGGAAAUGGAAAUGGGGAACCCCAUGAAAAACUCGUGUGGAAACUUGAAUGAGCAAGAUAGAGACGGUCUGGCAUUAUUUCUUUCUGGUGAGGAUCACAAUGAAUGUGAUAUUCGUUUUGACUCGGAUGAUAGUGACAUCAUGAAAAGAUUUCUUGAUCCGGUCAAAGCAUCUUGCUCGACAGAUGCAGGAAUUGUUGCAAAUGGAUGUGGAGAAAUCAAGGAGGUAAAUACGACUGGUGUUGUGUACAGUAGCCAUUGCUGUGAUCCUGUGAAGGAGAAUAACUUAAGGAAGGUGAGUUCUCAUUAUUCUAUAAAAUUGGGACUAGAUUCAGUAAACACUUGUAUUGGGAAUGCUGAAGAUAGAAGUUGGGAUUUAGAAGCUGGUGAAAGCAAAGCUAAGAGUUCCUUCCACGAGAAUAAGUUGAGUGGUUCUUCCAGCAGAACUAAUCUCUUUGGGUUCUUCAAUAAUUUAUGGACUGCAUAUGGAAAUAGUGUUCCUAGCAAUUAUACGAAGCGAUUGAAAGAUGGUGAAGAAGGGCAUUCCUCCUUGUACAUCAAUGCGGCUCGUGCUGCAUGGGGUCCACGUAUUGGGCUAAGUUUGGCUCUUGGAGACUGUGGUCAUCGGGGAUUACAUGAGUCUCUCUUAAAGGCCAUGCACCUUCUAAGGAGGCUUGGGGCAUGUGAUGCCAGAUUUGUUAAUCAGCGAUCCAUACAAAUGAUACUAACAAUAGUAUUUGCCUUCACUCUUUUAGGUAUAUUGGUCUUCUACGUUGCUUGAAAACGGUCAGUCAUUUGCAAUUCAAUGACCACAACCAACAUUUUCUCACCUUCCCCUAAACGGUGUAUGCAAAACUUGUGUUUUGCAUGUCGAUUCAGUUGUUCUGGGAGGUUAUAUUGUUGAAGUGCCAUAAAGUCGCUAGUCUGUGAUGCUGUUUGUGUUGAUGAUUGCCAAAGCAAGAUGAGCAGCUGCAAUAUCAGUUAGUAUUCGUGAGUAAGCCUUGACAUUUGUUAUAUGUAAUAGAAAACAAAACAUCUCAUGUACUCUAGAUCAACAAAUUUAUUAUGCCAUUAAUUCAUUUCUGUGAUGACAUGUGUAUUAUCAUCUGCUUUAUUUCUUAGUGAUGUUUGUCAGAUGUAUUUUAUUUAACUGAUUUAGAGAUACUUUAUGAUUCAAUUUAAGCACAGGAGAUUCCAUGGACAA